AUGGGCUACCGCGUGGUCGAGUGCUCCGCUGCCACGGGUGCCGGCGCCGCGGAGGCGCGUGCCGUGCUCGGCCAGAGGUUGACGCUGAUAUGCGGGCAGUCGGGCGCGGGCAAAUCCAGCCUGCUGAACGUCUGGGACCCGAGCGUCGAUCUCCGUACCGGUGCCGUGUCGCGCAAGUUCGAUCGCGGCGUGCACACGACGAUCCGCGCCGAGCUGCUGGAGCUCGCCGACGGCGGCCGCCUGAUCGACAGUCCCGGCAUCCGCGCGCUGGAGCUGGGCGCCAUCGAGGCGCGCGACAUCCGCCAUCGCUUCCGCGACUUCCAGCGCUGGCUGCUGCGCUGCGAGUACAGCGCAUGCCUGUGCGAUGGCGAACCGGGCUGCGCGGUGCGGGCGGCGGUGGACGCGCACCAGAUCCAUCCUGACCGCUACGAGAGCUACCUGCGCCUGCUGCGCGAGGUGCGCGAGCGCGAGCGCGAGCGAGCGCACGCGUGA